UGCCCUCUUUCUCCCCAACAGGAAGCCCCUGGCCAGCCUCCUGGCAGAGACCAGUGAGUUCAUUUGUGAAGAUGGAAUUGGGUAGGAGCUCCUCGACUCCCCAAGAAGCCAUUUCUCCUCUUGGGGUACUUGGUGCUAGGCCCAGAAGCUCCCCACUGGGGAAGCUUCAAGCACUUCCCAUUGGGCCGGGUGCCCACCGAGGGGCUCAAGGCAGCCCAGUGUCAGCAGGGGACAGCUCCUCUGGGGAGCCAACUGGUGCCAUGAAGAUCCCCAACAGGGACAGUGGAAUCGACAGCCCAUCCUCCAGCAUGACCAGUGAGAACUUCCCCUGUGAAGAGGGCAGUGAGAGCUCCCCAAGCCCUGCCAUCUUGGGGCUACACCUUGAGACACCUGUGGACAUCCAGGUCCCACAGGACACCCCUCAGGAGGAGGAAGAUAGUGGCGUGGGUGAGGAUCCUGACCCUAGGAGCACCUCUUCCAGGCCUGAGGAGGAUGUUGGCUUGACUCAGUGCUCUGACCCACGGAAGCUGCUCCACAUUGCCCAGGAGCUCCUGAACACAGAGGAAGCCUAUGUGAGGCGGCUGCACCUGCUGGACCAGGUUUUCUGCACCAAGCUGACAGAAGCGGGGAUCCCUCCAGAAGUCAUCACUGGCGUCUUCUCUAACAUCUCCUCCAUCUACUGCUUCCACGGUCAGUUCCUCUUGCCUGAGCUGCAGAAGAGGAUCACAGAGGAGUGGGACACAAACCCUCGACUUGGAGACAUCCUGCAGAAACUGGCUCCAUUCCUGAAAAUGUACGGCGAGUAUGUCAAAAACUUUGACAGGGCGAUGGGACUGGUGAGCACCUGGACCCAGCGCUCUCAGCAGUUUAACGAUGUCAUCCACAGCAUCCAGAAACAGGAGGUGUGCGGGAACUUGACACUGCAGCAUCACAUGCUGGAACCUGUACAGAGGGUCCCCCGAUACGAGCUGCUGCUCAAGGACUAUCUGAAGAGGCUCCCCAGGGAUGCCGCAGACCGGAAGGACGCUGAGAGGUCCCUGGAGCUCAUCUCCACAGCUGCUGACCACUCCAAUGCUGCCAUUAGGAAGAUGGAGAAAAUGCACAAGCUCUUAGAGGUGUAUGAGCAGCUAGGUGGAGAAGAGGACAUCGUCAACCCAGCCAAUGAGCUGAUCAAGGAGGGCAACAUCCAGAAAUUGUCAGCCAAGAAUGGCACCACUCAGGACAGACACCUCUUCUUGUUCAACAAUGUGAUGCUCUACUGUGUACCCAAACUAAGGCUCAUGGGCCAGAAGUUCAGUGUACGGGAGAAAAUGGACAUCUCUGAUAUCCAGGUGCAAGAUAUUGUGAAACCAAACGCAGCACGCACAUUCAUCAUAACAGGAAGAAAAAGGUCCCUGGAGCUUCAGACUCGGACGGAAAAAGAGAAGAAAGAAUGGAUCCAGGUUAUUCAGGCCACUGUGGAGAAACACAAACAGAAGAGUGAGACCUUCAAGGCCUUCAGCGGUGCCUGUAGCCAGGAUGAGGAGCCCAGCCUGUCUCCAGACCAGACUGUCAUGAGUGCCAGCUCUGUGGAACCUGCAGGGGUAGCUGACAGCAAUGGGGUGAGUGACCUACACCCAGGAAUUAGCAGGAGUGGGAGGUGCUGGGGAGGGGGUCAGACCAAGGCAACCUGGAGGGUGAGGAUGCAGGAGUCAGCUUGCCCUCCCGGGGCCUGGAUGGAGCCCAGAAAGUUGUCCUCUAAAACAAGACGCGACAAAGAGAAACCUGGAUGUAAGAGCUGUGGUGAGACCUUCAACUCCAUCACCAAGAGGAGGUAUCGCUGCAAGCUGUGUGGAGUGGUCAUCUGUAGGAAGUGCUCAGAGUUCAAGGCGGAGAACAGUAAGCAGAGCCGUGUGUGCCGAGAGUGCUUCCUGGAAGAGCCAUUGGUCCCUGCAAGCCCUAGCUCUGAGACUCCCACUGAGCUCAAACAGAAUGCAGAGAAACCUCCCUCUGUAAAUCCUCGGCCCAGCCUGCUCUGUGGCACUCUGCAUCUGUCGGACGAUGGGACAGCCUGGAAUGAGGUAUGGGCAGCCAUCCCUGAGUCUGAUCCGUACGUGCUAGACCUGCUGGCAGGCAGCCAGGCUGGCCGACUGUUGCAUACCAUCCCUCUCUCUGGCUGUAAUGUAACGGUGCCUGACCGUGAGGAGGGGCAGGAGGCAGGGUACAUGUGGAAGCUGCAUCAGGGUCCACAGACCUGGUGGCUGAGUGCCCCUUCAAUGAAGCUGCAGCAGUGUUGGCUAGAAGCGCUGAGUACGGCUGCCUGUGGGGAUACAAGUGGGGACAGACCAGUUUCCUCACAGCCUCAGGCCCCAGCAAGCACCGACACUCCCUGAGCAGAACCUCCUACUGUCCUUCCCACUAUUGUAUUUGGCCUGGGUUCUUUUAUGGGUGACCUUAGAAGUCAUGAGGGAAUGAAGGACUCCUGUGACCACUGAGGAUGGACCGAUGGCCCAGAGAACAGUAGCUAUGGGUCCAAGAUCACGCAGCAAGUCUUAGACAAGAGUUGAGCUUUGGGCUCCAGCCCCAGCAUUGGGAUCAGAGCAGGGGAGAAUGGCCACUGAAAAGCAAAUGUCAUCUGAGCAGGUUGAGUGAUGGUACCAGCUCUCAAAGGUACAAGGAGGCCAGGUGGGUGAUCAUAUGCAAACUGGUGUGAUCUCACUCUUGGGAAGGCAGAGAUGUCUGUGGCCUGACCUGUCCUUUGUCCAUCUAUCCACUGUGUGACU